GCGCGCACGCGGCCGCGGCGACUUCAUACCUGCGCGGAAGUUGCGUCUGGCUUGUCAAGUUGCCGCCACCUCCUCUUACAUACUUAAAGUUAAUACUGCCCGCUGCCUGUCCCUCGUUCUCUCCACCACACCACCAUGGCCUCCGUCAAAGUCACCAAAGUCUGCUGCAUCGGUGCCGGAUAUGUCGGUGGCCCAACGUGCGCCGUCAUCGCGCUCAAAUGCCCCCACAUCCAAGUCACCAUCGUCGACCUCAACCAGGCGCGUGUAGACGCGUGGAACAGCCCCGACUUCGACCUCCCGAUCUACGAGCCCGGCCUCGUCGACGUCGUCAAACAGGCGCGCGGACGUAACCUCUUCUUUUCGACCGACGUCGACAAGGGCAUCCAGGAGGCGGACCUCAUCUUCGUCAGUGUCAACACGCCGACGAAGAAGAGUGGGGUCGGAGCUGGGUUUGCGGCAGACCUGAACUAUGUCGAACUCGCCACACGCCGAAUUGCUGCCGUCGCACACUCUUCCAAGAUCGUCGUCGAGAAGUCGACCGUGCCCUGCCGGACCGCCGAGUCAAUGCGCACCAUCCUCGAAGCCAACUCACGCCCUGGUUGCCGCUUCGACAUCCUCUCCAACCCCGAGUUCCUCGCGGAGGGCACAGCGAUCGCCGACCUUUUCAGCCCGGACCGCGUGCUCAUCGGCUCGCUCCAGUCGCCCGAGGGCAAGGCCGCGUGCGAGUCGCUCGCGGAGGUCUACGCGAACUGGGUGCCGAAGGAGCGCAUCCUCACCGUCGGCCUGUGGUCCUCGGAGCUCUCGAAACUCGCCGCGAACGCGAUGCUCGCGCAGCGCAUCUCGUCCAUCAACGCGCUCUCCGCGAUCUGCGAGGCGACGGGCGCGAACAUCGACGAGGUCGCGCAUGCGAUCGGGUUCGACUCGCGCAUCGGCCCAAAGUUCCUCCGCGCGUCCGUCGGGUUCGGCGGGUCGUGCUUCCAGAAGGAUAUCUUGAACUUGGUGUACUUGAGCGAGAGCUUGCACCUCCCGCAGGUUGCGGCGUACUGGCGCCAGGUCGUCGAGAUGAACGAGUAUCAGAAGCAUCGCUUCUCGAAGACCGUCGUCGACACGCUGUUCAACACGAUCACCGGCAAGCAUAUUGCCGUCCUCGGCUUCGCGUUCAAGGCGGACACUGGCGACACGCGUGAAUCGCCUGCCAUCACGCUCGUUCGCGACUUUCUCUCCGAGCGUGCCUACGUGACCAUAUACGAUCCGAAGGUCGACGAUGUCCAGAUCUGGCUCGACCUCGCCGAGGCGUGCCCGAACGUCCCUCUUGAGAACAUUAAGAAGCAGGUAACGAUCGCCCGCUCCUCGCUUGAGGCGUGCAAGAACAAGGAGGCGGUCGUCAUCGCCACCGAGUGGAAGGAGUUCCGCGAGAUCGACUGGCAGACGGUUUACGAACAUAUGAACAAGCCCGCGUUCGUGUUCGACGGGCGUAUGAUCGUCGACGCUGACGUUCUCAAGAAAAUUGGCUUCAAGGUCAAGGUUAUCGGUCGUGGUGAUAGACUGUAAUAGACGUCGACAACUAUUUAUUGUCCAUGUGGCGUUAGAGACUG